CUUCCGUCCGUUUGGCGUUACGUGCGCGUCUCGCAGGUGCUGAAGGACAGCAGCCUCAGCAUCACACGGCUUCACCGCUGCGAGACACGGGGCUGGCGUCAGGGAAGAACUCAGCGCACGGAAGGAAGAUGGUAGCGAAGCAGAGGAUUCGAAUGGCAAACGAAAAGCACAGUAAAAACAUCACACAGAGGGGGAACGUAGCCAAGACCCUGCGACCACAGGAAGAGAAAUACCCAGUUGGACCAUGGCUAUUGGCUCUCUUUGUUUUUGUUGUAUGUGGAUCAGCCAUCUUUCAAAUUAUCCAGAGCAUUCGGAUGGGCAUGUAAGAAUCUUCACUUUUCUGGGGGCUCCUUUCCUCUUUGAAAUUUCAGACACAUGUAGACAGAAAUGAAAAGAAGUGGAAAGGAGGGAACGCAAACAUUUUCUGUGGAUUCUGCCAGCAUAUUCACUUCUACAUGCCUAGACGAGUGGAAUACCCAUGGCAUUAGAGAUGCUUGGCUCUUUUUUUUUUUUAAACUGACGCUGUGGAUUAACCAAAAUGAUUGGCUCUAACAGUGGGGUCUGUGUUUCAUUUUUAUUCACAUGACUAAUGUAUUGUGAAUCUAUGUGAGUGCUCAGUCUCAUGUAUUGAUAUUCAUUUUUAAGAUACAGUAUGUAUGUUUGAUAUAGAGCAAUAGUAAAUUUUGCAAAUAAAAUUUUAUCUGUUUAUUUUUUUCUGUGGCUUGUACACUGACAAGAUGAACAGAGUUCAUGUCCAGAGGGACAAGAAUAAGCCAAUUUUAUGGUGUCUUGUUGGAGGCUGGCUGUCUUAGAAACUCACCAGGUAAAAGCUACACUUUAAACCUUCGUCUGUGUGAUUAGACUACGAACGUGCAGGAUAUACGGUUAGACUGCAGGGUGGAGAAAACUGCACAUCAACAAAGACAGGAAAAAACAAUGGAUGGAGAUGAGAGUGGACAAGUGGGUGAAACAAUUGAUGGGAGGCAGCAUCAUAUGUUGUGGGUGAACUUGAAUGGCCCUUUGAAUGUGGGAAUGACAGUAACACAUAAAAACAACAAAAAGCACUGGACUUUGGGCCUGCAGUCAUUUACUACUGUAUGUGUUUUAAUGGUCUUCAUGAUUAAGCUUGCAUUGUCACAUUGCAAAUAAUCACAUAGGAAUAUAAUAUUUACAUAUGGUAUGGUGGGCUGGCG